AUUUCCCGUGCGACUGGGUGCCGCCCGGCCGCUGCGUGCCAAGAAAGGCGCUAAGGACGCCCAAGGCCCGCUUCUGACUGCCACUGAGCCGCACAGCCCAAAAAAACCAGCCCUAAGCCUUCAAAACCCCCGGGAGAGCACCUGCACUCUGGCAGCCAAAAAGCUGCCAAAUGUACCCCGACGAGCCCACAAAAGCACUAGCCAAAGGCCGAGCAAUAACAACAACACACGCGAACAACGGCUGGACCAUCCGCACCACCCGCGCCCCCAUCCUGAGCGUCGCGAAGCGGAGCCUCGCCGCCGACAGCCAGGUGGCCUGGAAGCGCGAGCUCGGGCUCGGCCGCGCGACGAACCAGGAGCUGCCGGAGGCGCUCUACGGGCGGAACCUCCUCGCGCUGCGCCACGACGCGUCGGGCGUGCGCCUCGCGUUCGACGCGCGCGAGAAGCGACGCUUCUUCAAAAUGGGUCGCGUCGAUGGCGUGUCGCGUCGAUGGCGUAAGCGGGGCGACGGCGUGCCGGUGGGGUAGAAGUACUACCACGCUCUCGAGAGAUUGCACGCGCCGCGCGCGGAACAUUUGAGACGACGCUGCUUGCGCGGUUGUCUGCAAGCGUGCGAGCAGACGACCGCGGCCUGGGCCUCGCGGCGCGGCUGUGAUCGGGACCGAAAGGCCAACACAAGGCCUCACAAAAGGCACGCGCCCGAGGCAAAGGUCGGCGCGGGCACCGGUCCGUCGGGCUUGACCUACAAGUCACAAGGGCACUCUCAUGCGGUGAAGAUGGGGGGGGCUAAAGCCCCCCAAAAUUCGCGCAUGGUCGGGGGUGGGGUCGCGCCGCGUUCGACGG